AUGCUUCAGUCCUGUGUACAUAGACCUCGGCGCCUCGUGAAAAUGCCAAAAAGCGAAUUGAUCAAGUUGAACCCUCUCAUCUUACCUCUUACUACGAUGUCCAAACGUCUCUAUCUUGGCAGGCUUCCACCUGACACCCGCUCCGAAGAUGUGUCCAAGUUUUUCGAAGGGUAUGGUCGUAUCAUGGACUGCCGCGUCAUGACUGGAUUCGGCUUCGUCGAAUUUGAAACUGCGAAGGAUGCCGAAGAUGCUGUUCACACCUUCAACGGGAAGCCCUUCAUGGGCGCCAACAUUGUUAUUGAAUUCGCCAAAGAAAGUCGCCCCCGCCGCGAAUACCAAGAGGACAGAAGCUACAGCGGUCCUCGUUCUCGCAGGCCUCCUGGUAUUCGCUUGAUCGUCUCAGGUGUUUCUCGCGACACGAGUUGGCAGGACCUGAAAGAUUUCGGACGGGAUGCCGGUAGUGUUUCGUUCGCUGAUGUCGAUCGUGAUAUUCCUGGCCAAGGAGUCCUCGAGUACCUGUCCAGAGAAGACGCCGAUCGUGCAGUCAAGGAACUCGACGGUAAGGACCUCCGAGGCAGGCCCGUGCGUGUGACCUACGAUGAUUCUGUAUGGUGCUUGUUUUCUCUCGUUGUCAAAGCUAACUGGCCAAGCCGCAGCGCUCUGGUCCUGAUAACUACCGCCGCGAUGACCGUCGCGGUGAACGGCGCGACGAUCGAUACAAGGAUGAUCGCUACCGCGACGAUCGAUACCGCCGCGAACGCUCUCGGUCGCCUGCCCGCCGUGGUGAAUUUGACGAUCGUCGACCCAGGUCUCCCGCCCCAAGGAGGGAAUAUGACGAUAAAAGGCCUGCAGGGUACGAUGAUUAUCGGCGAGGCGGCUAUGAUGACCACAGACCCCCUGAUUAUUAUUAUGACCGCCGUAGGGAUGACCAAGAACGCAGAAGGGACGACAGACGACGCGACGACAAGGAAGACCGAUAUGAGGAUAGGGCUCCCAGAAACGGAGAAGCAUGGGCUCGUUGAGGAAUUGCCAGAGGCGCGUUUACAAGUAAAAAAGGGCAGCGGACGUCGUGCAAUGAGUUCAUUCGAAUUUGGCUUCCUUACGGACACACUCUCCGAUCUUUGUGGUGUUAUCGUCGUUUACCCGGACCGUGUACUUCUCUAA